UCCGUCCCUGACGCUGCCGAGGUCGCACGCGCGAGGCUUCUCUGUCGCCGCCAAGAUGCACUACGUCGCCUCCUACCUGCUGGCCGCCCUUGGGGGCAAUACCUCUCCCAGCGCCAAGGACAUCAAGAAGAUCCUGGACAGCGUGGGCAUCAAGGAGGACGACGACCAGCUCAACAAGGUCAUCAGUGAGCUGAACGGCAAGAACAUUGAGGACGUCAUUGCCCAGGGUAUCCGCAAGCUGGCCAGCGUGCCCUCUGGCAGGCCUGUGGCCAUCUCUGCUGCCCCAGGAACUGCAGCUCUUGCUGCGGGUUCUGCCCCAGUCGCAGCAGAGGAGAAGAAGGAGGAGUCGGAGGAGUCAGAUGACGACAUGGGAUUUGGCUCGUUUGACUAGAGUCCCGCUCCCCUGCAAAUAAAACCCUUUUU